AUGGCCUCCUGUAUCCUUGUCACUGGUCUUCCCCGGUCUCUCCUUCCCCUUCCUCCGGGGGCUGCCCCUACCUGCGUUCCUUGCAUCGAGGGACGGCAGCGCGCCGCUCCUCACUCCUCCGAGUUUCCUCCAACAGAGGCUCCCUUGCAGACUCUUCACGUGGACGUGUGGGACCCAGCCCGCGUUCGUGGACAGGGUCACGAGCGCUACUUCUUGCUGGUUGUUGACGACUACUCGCGGUACACCACAGUCUUCACCUUGCGCCGCAAGGGUGAGGUUACAAAGACGUUCACGCUUCCGGCCUCUCCACAGCAAAAUGGGAUUGCUGAGCGCCGCAUUGGCAUGGUCAUAAACGUUGCUCGUACGUCCAUGAUCCAUGCGGCUGCUCCCCAUUUUCUGUGGCCGUUCGCGGUUCAGUACGCGGUGCAUCAGAUCAACCUCCAACCUUGGGUCUCCAUGCUAGAGAUCACACCUUCUCUGCGGUGGACGGGGAAGGUUGGCGAUGCAUCUGCGUUCCGUGUCUGGGGAUCUCAGGCUUUCGUCCGCGACUUGUCUGCGGACAAGCUGUCCUCCUGUGUUGUUCCCUACGUCUUCCUUGGCUUCCCCUCUGACGCGCCUAGUUGGCAGUUUUACCACCCCACAUCGCGCCGUGUUCUGUCCUCUCAGGACGUCACGUUUGACGAGACGGUAGACGCAGUCAAGCCUGUCGAGGUAGCUGUUGACUUUGGUGCUGCUAGGGGUGCUGAGCCUAGAGGUGCGGAGCCUGCGGGUGCUGAGCUUGGGGUUGCUGAGUCUGGGGUUGCUGAGUCUGGGGGUGCGGAGCCUAAGGGUGCUGAGCCUGCGCAUCUGCGCGAGUGGUUUGCUCGGCGCUGGAGCCGUGCUGCUGGAGCUGGUGGUACUACGGGCGCUGGAGAUCCUGCUGCUGCUGGAGCUCCUGCUGCUGCUAGAGCUGAUGGGGGUUCUAGAGCCACGGGUCCCGGAGGUGCUCGUACUGGAGGUGCUGGAGCUGCUGGGCCUGGUGGUGCUGCUGGAGCUGGAGCUGCUGGAGGUGCUGAAGCUGGCGGUGCUGUUGGAGCAAGUGAUGCUGGAGGUGCUGGAGCUGGAGGUGCUGCUAGAGCCGGUGCUCCUGUGGGUGCUGGAGCUGACGCUUCUGGUGCUGCUGGAGGUGCUGCUGGAGGUGCUGGUGGAGCUGGUGGUACUGCUGAAGAUGGAGCAGCCACUGGGGGUGCUGGUUCUGUCCCUGCUAGUUCUGAAGGCGCUGCGCGGCCGCACUACGUUCCGCUCCUUUUGCAGGUUCUUGAGUCUGACUCCCUUCGUGGUGCUAGUCCUACUAUCACGCGUCUCCUGGCCACUUUUGUCACAGAUCCUUCCUUUGAGUCCACUGCUACGUCUGCCUUAGUUACUGAGCUUGUCGACUUUGCUGCUCACUGUCGUCUCGACUACGCCGCUAGUCUUGUUGUUGAGUCUGAGUGUAUCUGUCCUCCGUCCGUCGGGGGUGAGUGUGCUCUUGGCACGGACGUACUUGAGGACAGGCAGGAGGACUUUGAGUGCUUUGCAGCUACUGUACCUUAUCUCGUGUCCAUGCUGAUUGCACCUGAGGGAGACCCAGAUGCACCAGACAUCCCGGCCCCGCGCUCUUUCACAGAGGCAAUAGAGGGUCCCUACUCCUCUCAAUGGAAGUCAGCCAUGGACGCAAAGAUGGCAUCCUAG